AUGCGGCUGCUGAACCUCAUCACUCUUGCGCUGGUGCCUCUCACAGCCCUCGCAGCCAAAAAGUCCUCUCCCUUCGCUUCACCUUUCGACACCUUCGUUUCAAAGCCGUUCCCUGUGGAAAUCGAUGAACACUCUUACGAAACCCUCACUGCGGUGCCCCGCGAUCAUUAUACCGCAGUCCUCCUGACAGCCCGACCCGCCAAAUAUGCCUGCGCGCUCUGUCGCGAAUUUGAUCCAGAAUGGAAGAUCCUCGCCUCAUCCUGGCAGAAGGCCGACAAGAAGGGCUCCUCGCGCGUCCUCUUCACAACCCUUGACUUCGACAACGGCCGCAAUGUCUUCAUGAAGCUGCAGCUGCAGACCGCACCCGUGCUGUUCCUCUUUCCGCCCACCACUGGGCCCCACGCUGCAUCAUCCGGGCAACCCCUGCGGAUGGACUUCCUGGGCUCUCAGUCCGCCGAGAGCACACACGCCUGGCUGCUCCGCCAGCUGCCAUCGGACCCGGAGACACCAUAUCCGGCUCUCAAACGGCCAGUCAACUACACACGCAUCGUCGUCAGCAUCACGAUCUUGAUUGGGAUGUUCACAUUCGGCACAGUGGCGUACCCGUACGUCCUGCCCGUUAUUCGGUCGCGCAACCUGUGGGCUGCGGUCAGCCUGAUCACGAUCCUGCUCUUCACGAGCGGACACAUGUUCAACCACAUCCGGAAGGUGCCAUAUGUGACGGGGAGCAAAGGAAAGAUUGUGUAUUUUGCGGGCGGCUUUCAGAACCAGUACGGAAUGGAGACACAGAUCGUGGCGGCCAUGUACGCCAUCCUAGCCUUCGCAACGAUCGCCCUGGGCCUAAAGGUGCCGCGCAUGACGGACCCGCGGAUGCAGCAAAUUGCCUGCAUCAUCUGGGCAAGCGUUGUCCUUGGAAUGUACAGCUUCCUGAUGAGCGUCUUCCGCAUCAAGAACGGGGGCUAUCCAUUCUGGUUGCCCCCCUUCUAG